AGGCGUCAAGGCACGGUGGAGGUCGCCGCCCGCACAGAGCAGGCAUGAGAGGCGAGCAAGCACACCGUGGGAACACGCGCGGGAGGCAGAGGCGCGGCACGGCAAGAAGCGCGAACCUGGCCGCGGCCGCAGCGCCGCAGCGCACCUCACGCGCGUAUCAGCUUCUGGCCUGCCCCUUGCGUCUGCACCACACCCACUCGCCCACCCACCAUGUCCGCCGUCCGCGACUCGCUCGACAAGGCCGCGGCCGCGCUGCACCUGCGCUCCGACAAGCCCGCCGACGCCGCCGAGGGCACGCCCGUCUACAUCGACGAGGCCGCCGGCUCCGACACCACGGGCGACGGCUCGGAGAGCGCGCCCUUUGCUACGGCCGUCGCUGCGCUGCUGGCGCGCGGGCCCGACGUCGCGCUGCACACGCGCCGCCCCGCCAGCGAUGCGGCGCCGUCUGCCUGGCAGCCCAUCUCCGCGUCGGGCAACAAGAAGGCGCGCAAGCUGUAUGAGCAGCAGGUGAAGAAGCGCGAGAAGGCCGCGACGCGCGAGGAGGAGGAGGCGCGCCGCCCGCGCGACGACGACGAGGACCAGCGCCUCGAAGCGGCCAAGGCCGUCGUACUGCCGGCCGUCGACGGCGGCAAGAAGAUCAAGAUCCGCUCUGCAAUCGGCUCGCGCGACCAGCAGGUCCGCGUCUCGGGCUGGGUGCACCGCCUGCGCUCGCAAAAGGGCCUCAUCUUCAUCAUCCUGCGCGACGGCACGGGCUACCUGCAGGUGGUGCUCGGCGGCGACUGCGCCAAGACCUACGACGCGCUCACGCUCACGCUCGAGUCGACGAUCGAGGUCGUCGGCACGAUCAAGGCGCUGCCCGAGGGCAAGUCGGCGCCGGACAACCACGAGCUGGCUGCCGACUGGUGGCGCUGCAUUGGCAAGGCGCCCGGCGGCGAUGAGGCCUUCCUGAACCGCGUGGCCGAGGGCACCGAGAUGUCGAAGCUCGCCGACUCGCGGCACCUCGUCAUCCGCGGCGAGACGGCCUCGUCCGUGCUCAAGGUCCGCGCGGCUGUGCUGCGCGCCUUCCGCGCCGAGUUCGACGCCCUCGGCCUGCUCGAGGUGACGCCGCCGUGCAUGGUGCAGACGCAGGUCGAGGGCGGCUCGACGCUCUUCAAGUUUGACUACUACGGCCAGGAGGCGUACCUGACGCAGAGCUCGCAGCUGUACCUCGAGACGUGCCUGCCGAGCCUGGGCGACGUGUUCUGCGUGCAGGAGAGCUUCCGCGCCGAGAAGAGCCACACGCGGCGACACCUCAGCGAGUACACUCACCUCGAGGCCGAGCUGGGCUUCCUGACCUUCGAGGACCUGCUGGCACACCUCGAGCAGAUUAUCUGCGGCACGCUCGAGCGCGUGCUUGCCGACCCGGCGUCGGCGUCGAUGAUCAAGCAGCUGAACCCCGACUUUGCCUUCCCCUCGCGCCCCUUCCGGCGCAUGGACUACAAGGAGGCGAUCAAGUGGCUCAACGAGCACAGCAUCCUCACCGACGAGGGCAAGGAGCACGUCGUCGGCGACGACAUUGCCGAGGCGGCCGAGCGCCGCAUGACCGACGCGCUCAACGUGCCCAUCUUCCUCACGGGCUUCCCGCGCGAGAUCAAGAGCUUCUACAUGAAGCGCGUGCCCGGCGACGAGCACUUCACCGAGAGCGUCGACGUGCUGAUGCCCGGCGUCGGCGAGAUCGUCGGCGGCAGCAUGCGCAUGAGCGACCCCGACGAGCUGCUGCAGGCGUACAAGAACGAGGGCAUCGACGCCAAGCCGUACCACUGGUACACCGACCAGCGCAAGUAUGGCACGUGCGAGCACGGCGGCUACGGCCUCGGCGUCGAGCGCUUCCUCGCCUGGCUCACCAACCGCUACACCGUCCGCGAGGCCUCGCUGUACCCCCGCUGGACCGGGCGCUGCACGCCGUGAGCGGCCGGUGCUCGCGUCACAUAGAGCUCCUGCCCAGCCUGCCCCUUCUCGCGCUCUGUGCAGCGGCACAAUACAAAACAGUCUCUG